AUGGUGAAGGCAAUUAAAGAUGCAUGUGAAACAUGGAGGUUCUUUCAGAUAGUUUACCAUGGAGUUCCACUUGCUGUUAUGGAGGAGAUGCUUCAAGGUAUUCGUAGAUUUCACGAGCAGCCUGCAGAAGACAAGAUGGAGUUGUACUCUCGUGACUUCAAGAAUUCAGCCAACUUUGAUUGCAGUGGAGAUCUGAAAUUGCGUGCAAAAUCAGCAGCAGAUUGGAGAGACACCUUAUCUUGUAGAGCCGUAGAUGAUAAAUGGGACUUUGAAGCACUGCCUCAAGUGUGCAGACGUGAAAUAAGUGAGUAUAUUAAAAACUUAAUUGAACAUCAAAAUGUGCUAUCCGAAUUACCAUUGGAAGCAUUAGGGCUUAGCAAGGAUCAACUAGCACGCAUGGGGUGCUUGAAAGCUUUCUCAUUGUCAUGCCACUAUUAUCAUUUCCCCGAGCCUGAACUGACUCUAGGCACAAUCAAACAUUCAGAUCCCUCAUUUCUUACCUUAGUCCUGCAAGACGAGAUUGGAGGGCUCCAAGUUCUCAAUAAGGAUCAAUGGGUUGACGUGUCGCCAGUGGAUGGAGCAUUUGUAGCAAAUCUUGGUGACCUUAUGCAGCUCAUUACUAAUAACAAGUUCAAUAGUGUGGAACAUAGAGUGCUAGCUACCCCGCUUGUCAAGCCACGAAUAUCAGUUGCAUCUUUCUUUGCUCCUGCGGAUAGCGACAAACGUGUCAAGCCAUAUGGGCCUAUAAAGGAGCUUCUAUCUGAGAACAAUCCCCCAAUAUACAGGGACACCCUUUACGGAGAGUAUACUGGGUAUUACAGAGUUAAUGGACAAAAUGGCAGCUCUGCCCUGCCUAAUUUCAGACUGCAUUGAGGCCAUGGUAUAGACCUUGAAGUGUCAAAACCAGAUCUAUAACAAUGCAGUGCAUCAGUGCUGAAAUGUUUCAGAUAUUAAGUUCAAUAGUGUGUUUAGUGCCUCAAUUUCAGGUCAGAAAGCAUCUUAAGCCCAUUUUUCUAAUAAAAGUUUAUUGUUCUAGUUUCUAAUAAACAUUUCUAUGCAUUUCUAUUGUUCAAUAAAGUCGAAGAGUUUUAUUUGUUAAUUCAUCUUUUCAGGAGAAUAUGCCCCAUGACAUAAAAUAACAGAUUUUGUAUAUAUGGCAGGUCUUUUUUGUAACGGUAACAAAUUCUUUCUCUUCAAUCAAGAGAUUUCAUAAAUAUAAGAUUUAGGUAAUAGUGACUCAAACAUCAUUGAAAAUGAUUGGCAGAUAUAAGUUUCAUAGUUGAAGACUUGAAGUCCUUUCUCACUUCCCCCUGUUUUAGUGGAAAAUAUCAUUUCUGAGAUUACUUAAUUUGACAAAGAUCACACAAACAAGAUAACCACAUAUCUACCACAAAUUAGUCUAAGAAGAA